AGUGCUGGAGCGGAGGCAAUGAACAACAGGGUGCGGUUUUCCACAGCGGGACUGCUGGUUUGGCUCUGCUGCCUCAGUCUGGAGUCUGUUCAUGGGGGGAAGGUGGUGGUUCUACCCGUGGAUGGAAGCCACUGGCUUAGCAUGAAGAUACUGGUGAAGGAGCUCGUUCGCAGGGGUCACGAGGCCACACUUCUGAUACCCGAAAACAACCUCUUGAUCAAAGGCUCAGAAAGCUUCAAGACGGAGGUCUACAAGGUGCCAUUCACCCAAGAUGAACUGGAUUCAACUCUCAAAAGUUUCAGGGAAGGAGUUUUUGAAAAGCAGCCAGGAAUUAAGGAUGUGUUCGCCAAUGUCAAUCGUUUGUUAAGCUUCACUUCUCUUCAGGUGGCAGCUUGUGAGGCUUUACUGAACAAUGAGCCUUUAAUGAAUAAACUAAAGGGAGAAGGGUUUGACAUCAUGCUUACAGACCCCUUCCUUCCCUGUGGCUCUGUCCUGGCUAAGGUACUAUCCAUCCCAGCUGUUUACUUUCUACGAGGGCUCCCAUGUGGGUUGGAUCUCAUGGCUAACCAGUGUCCCACUCCACCUUCCUAUGUUCCUGUGUCGUUUUCUGGUAACAAUGACCGCAUGAACUUCCCACAGAGAGUGAAAAACAUGAUGAUGUACUUUAUGGAAUCCUACCUGUGCAGCAUUAUGUAUCAACACUUUGAUGGUCUGACAGACAGGCUUUUCAACAUGACUUAUAAAGAGCUUACAAGUCAGGGUGCUAUCUGGCUUCUAAGAUAUGACUUUACUUUUGAAUGGCCCAAACCUCUCAUGCCAAACAUGGUUUUGAUUGGAGGGAUCAACUGUGCAAAGAAAGCUCCUCUACCUGCGGAUUUGAAGGAGUUUGUGGAUGGCUCAGGAGAUGAUGGCUUUAUUGUCUUUACGCUGGGAUCAAUUGUGUCCAACAUGCCCAUGGAGAAGGCUAAACAUUUCUUAGAUGCCUUUGGACAGAUACCCCAACGGGUUGUGUGGAGAUACACAGGCGCGCUACCUGACAAUAUCCCCAAGAACAUCAGAGUUAUGAAAUGGUUACCUCAGAAUGACCUCCUUGCUCAUCCCAAAGCUAAAGUCUUCAUGACUCAUGGUGGUACCCAUGGUAUAUAUGAAGGUAUCUGCAAUGGAGUGCCCAUGUUGAUGUUUCCACUUUUUGGAGACCAGGGAGACAAUGUUGAACGGAUGGUGGCCCGUGGCGUUGCAGAGAAGCACAGUAUCUAUGACAUGACAAGUGAAACUUUGGUGGCUGCCCUGAAAAAAAUUAUCCAAGACAAAAGUUACCAGGAACGGAUGACGGAGCUGUCCCAGAUCCACCUGGACCGCCCCGUUCAGCCUCUGGACCUGGCUGUUUUCUGGUCCGAGUUUGUAAUGAGACACAAGGGAGCACCGCACCUGAGGGUGGCUGCACAUGACUUGAACUGGAUUCAGUACCACAGCCUGGACGUCGCCGGCUUUUUACUUGCAAUUGUUAUCGUCGUUUUGUGGGUGACGCUGAAAUCCUGCUUGUUUUGCACUCGCAAAUGUUGCGGGAAGAGAAUUACGAAGAAAAAAUCUGAAUAGUGUUCAAACCCUACUGUGAAGUCUGGUGUACUGUAAAUGUGUUUACUGUGUGUACAAAUGUUUGUAUUUCUGCCAUGUCUUCUUUUGUUCAUAACAGACAUAAAAACAGAUGAUUGUUUAAAACAUUUAAUAGAAAAAACUCUACACCAAUAAAAUUCAUC